GUCUCGCCGUAGAUCAGGAAGUUGUUUCACAAGCAGCCGGUCGGCGUGACUUUGAGCUCGUGUGUGACACCAGAGUAAACACACACUCACACACACAUCUACAGUAACUCAAGAUGCGUCUUCUGAGAGCAGCGUCAGCUCUAACGCACCUGCACAAGCCCGGACUCACCUCUGUAACACAGGUGCUGAUCAGCUGCUGUCGCUCGUGCUCCAAUGGAUUCACCCCGAACGAGCGGAUCCGGAACAUCGGCAUCUCCGCGCACAUCGACUCCGGGAAGACCACCCUGACCGAGAGAGUGCUGUACUACACCGGCCGGAUCGCGGAGAUGCACGAGGUGAGAGGGAAGGAUGGAGUGGGAGCGAUCAUGGACUCUAUGGAGCUGGAGAGACAGAGAGGAAUCACCAUCCAGUCAGCCGCCACAUACACCAUGUGGAGAAACCACAACAUCAACAUCAUCGACACGCCAGGUCACGUGGACUUCACCAUCGAGGUGGAGCGGUCCCUGCGCGUGCUGGACGGGGCGGUGCUGGUGCUGUGUGCGGUCGGGGGGGUGCAGUGUCAGACCAUGACCGUCAACCGGCAGAUGAAGCGCUACAGCGUGCCCUUCCUCACCUUCAUCAACAAGCUGGACCGCGCCGGGGCCAAUCCCGGCCGAGCGCUGCAGCAGCUCAGGACUAAACUGAAUCAUAAUGCAGCGUUUGUCAACAUUCCCAUCGGGCUGGAAGGGAAUCUGCAAGGCAUCAUUGAUCUGAUUGAGGAGCGCAGCAUCUUCUUUGAAGGCCCUUUCGGUCAGAUUAUCCGCUAUGACGAGAUCCCGGCGGAGAUGCGUGCCGAGGCGGCCGACCGCAGACAGGAGCUGGUGGAGUGUGUCGCUAACGCUGACGAGACGCUCGGAGAGAUGUUUCUGGAGGAGAAAGUUCCCACGGUGGACGAUCUCAAGGCUGCAGUGCGCAGGGCGACGGUCAGGCGGGCGUUCACUCCUGUGCUGGUGGGCAGCGCCCUGAAGAACAAAGGCGUUCAGCCGCUGCUGGACGCUACGCUGGACUAUCUGCCCAACCCCACUGAAGUCAAGAACUACGCCAUCCUCAACCAGGAGGAGGCUCAAGGAGGCGCGAAGAUUCUGAUGGAUCCAACGAGAGACGACACACAGCCCUUCGUCGGCCUGGCCUUCAAACUCGAGGCGGGGCGUUUCGGUCAGCUGACGUACGUGCGAGUGUAUCAGGGCUGUUUGAGGAAGACCGAAUACAUCUAUAACACCCGCACCGGUAAGAGGGUGAGAGUUCAGAGACUCGUGCGGCUCCACGCCGACCAGAUGGAGGACGUCGAGAUGGUGUAUGCUGGAGACAUCUGUGCCCUGUUUGGCAUCGACUGUGCCAGUGGAGAUACAUUCACCGCCCGCACUAACGCCAACAUCUCCAUGGAGUCUAUUCACGUUCCCGAGCCGGUGAUCUCGAUGGCCAUACGACCCUCUAACAAGAACGACACCGACAAGUUCUCGAAGGGCAUCAAUCGCUUCACCAGAGAGGAUCCCACGUUCAGAGUUCAUUUUGACACGGAGAGUAAAGAGACCAUCAUCUCCGGCAUGGGAGAGCUGCAUCUGGAGAUCUACUCGCAGAGGAUGGAGAGGGAGUAUAACUGUCCGUGUGUGAUGGGGAAACCGAAAGUGGCUUUCAGAGAGACGGUGACCAGCGCUGUGCCGUUUGACUUCACACAUAAGAAGCAGUCUGGAGGAUCAGGGCAGUACGGUAAAGUGGUCGGAGUCCUGGAGCCGCUGGACCCCGAGAACUACACCAAACUGGAGUUCAGUGACGAGACCAUCGGGACUAACAUCCCCAAACAGUUCGUGCCCGCUGUGGAGAAGGGAUUCAGGGAAGCGUGUGAGAGGGGUCCUCUGACGGGACACAAGAUAUCCGGAGUGCGUUUCGUGUUGGAAGAUGGAGCGCAUCACAUGGUGGACUCCAACGAGAUCUCCUUCAUCCGGGCAGGAGAGGGCGCUGUCAAACAGGCGCUCGAGAAAGCCAACGUGGUGAUCCUGGAGCCGGUGAUGUCUGUGGAGAUCGUCGCUCCUAACGAGUUCCAGGGGGCCGUCAUCGCAGGCGUCAACCGGCGGCACGGUGUGAUCACGGGACAGGACGGGGCCGAGGGAUAUUUCACGCUCUACGCUGAUAUCCCGUUGAAUGACAUGUUUGGAUACUCCACAGAGCUGCGCUCCUGCACGGAGGGUAAAGGCGAGUACACCAUGGACUACAGCAGAUACCAGCCCUGUCUGUCCUCCGUACAGGAAGAUCUGGUCAACAAACACCUGGAGGCCACGGGACAGCUGCCCGCCAAGAAGAGCAAAUGGAAGAACUGAACAGACACAAGCUUUUACACACACACACACACACACACACACACACGUCAGCUCACGGACUUCCUGCAGAUGUUUAUCACAUGUCCCUCCUCACAAGAAGGUCAUGAGUGAUGCAGUGUGACUGCAGAGAUCGCUCUGGAUGGUUUGCUCAUACUCUGUAAAUGUCUUUGUACAGCAAAUGUUUGCAAAUGCAGUAAUUAAUAUAAAAUGAUGAUGUUUUAA